UUGCCGUUUUGCUGUAGGAGGAACGCGCCUGCGUGCUGAAGAGGAGGCGGGGCGUAGUUUUUCGGUGACGCAUGCGCAUAAGGAGGCGGGCAUCCCACUCAGUUGGCAAAUCAUGGCACAAGCUGAGAAGAAAGGUGGAUUGCUUCGAAGAUCUUCAGCCAGUAAAAAACCCUUGAAAGAGAAGGUUGUGUUGAUGUAUGAUGAAAUAUUUACGACAGAAGAUCCAAGUAAAUGUAACCCUCGCUUUUGGGAGGAGCUUUUCCUCAUGAAGGUGAAUUUGGAAUACCUGGAAGGGAAGCUCGAAUCUCUAGAUGGUGAAGAAUUAAUGAAGAUAAAAGAUAACAUUAACUGUUUGUUCCAGCGCUGCAUCCGGGCUUUGGCAGAAGAGCAUCCCAUUAGAGUGGUCAAUGCAUUGCAGACACUGUGUGCACUGAUCCGUGGUGUUCAUCAGAAGAAUAAAUCCACAUCUGGUUUUGACAUCAUCAACAUGCUGAUGGGCUUUGACAAAGCAGAAUUGUGCAUGAAGAAUCUGAUGGAGAGUUUGGACACACUGCUUUGUUCAGAAGGCUCUGAAAGCCUCAAAAGUUUGUGCCUGAAGCUAUUGCUCUGUUUGGUGACUGUGACAGAUAACAUCAGUCAGAACACAAUCCUGGAAUAUGUGAUGAUUAAUAGUAUUUUUGAAGCCAUCUUACAGAUCCUCUCCAGUUGUCCCAGUCGUAGGGAACAUGGUUAUGAGGCAGUAGUCCUGCUCGCCUUAUUAGUGAACUAUAGAAAGUAUGAGUCUGUGAAUCCGUACAUAGUGAAACUUUCGAUAAUAGAUGAUGAGGCCACACUCAAUGGAAUGGGACUUGUAGUUGGACAGGCAUUAUCAGAAUACAACCGACAGUACAAAGACAAGGAGGAAGAGCAUCAGAGUGGGUUUUUCUCAGCCUUGACCAACAUGGUGGGCAGCAUGUUCAUAGCUGAUGCUGAUGAAAAAAUCUCAGUUCAAACCAACGAGGCCAUCCUGUUGGCCUUGUAUGAAGCUGUGCAUUUGAACCGAAACUUCAUCACUGUGUUGGCCCAGAGUCACCCUGAAAUUGGUUUGGUGACAAUGCCAGAAAGCCCAGUUCCAACAACUCCAGUUACUCCACUUGGGACCACACCACCUUCUUCUGAUGUUAUAAGCACUGUGGAGCUGCCGCUAGAUGCAGAUGUGCAGACCAGCAACCUGCUGAUAACUUUCUUAAAGUACAGCUCCAUUGUCAUGCAAGACACCAAAGACGAACAUAGACUCCACAGUGGCAAGCUUUGUCUGAUUAUUCUGACGUGUAUAGCUGAGGACCAAUAUGCAAAUGCAUUCUUGCAUGAUGAUAACAUGAAUUUCCGAGUCAAUUUACACAGAAUGCCUAUGAGACACAGAAAGAAAGCUGCUGACAAGAACCUUCCCUGUCGGCCUCUUGUUUGUGCAGUACUAGAUUUGAUGGUAGAGUUCAUUAUAACACACAUGAUGAAAGAGUUUCCAAUGGACCUUUAUGUGCGCUGCAUUCAAAUAGUACAUAAGCUACUUUGCUACCAGAAGAAAUGCAGAGUGAGGCUUCAUUAUACGUGGAGGGAGCUCUGGUCAGCUCUGAUUAAUCUAUUGAAGUUCCUCAUGUCCAACGAGACUGUUCUGUUGGCGAAACACAACAUCUUUACUUUGGCUCUCAUGGUGGUAAACCUGUUUAAUAUGUUCAUCACUUAUGGAGAUACAUUUCUUCCAACUCCUAGCAGCUAUGAUGAGUUAUACUAUGAAAUAAUUAGGAUGCACCAGAGUUUUGAUAACCUAUAUUCUAUGGUUUUGAGAUUGUCUACUAAUGCUGGCCAGUGGAAAGAGCCAGCCAGCAAGGUGACCCAUGCAUUGGUCAACGUACGAGCCAUCAUCAACCACUUCAAUCCAAAGAUAGAGUCUUAUGCUGCAGUGAAUCACAUCUCACAGCUCUCAGAAGAGCAGGUUUUGGAAGUGGUGCGCUCCAACUAUGACACACUUACCCUGAAGCUGCAGGAUGGGCUGGACCAAUAUGAACGCUACUCGGAGCAACACAAAGAAGCUGCCUUCUUUAAAGAACUGGUUCGAUCCAUCAGCAUCAAUGUACGGCGCAAUUUGGCUUUCAACACCAUCAGCCAGGAGGCUUUGCUUAAAGAGUUUUCAACCAUUUCCUGAAGUGGAACACUUGCCUGCUUCCUGACCAGCCCUGGUGUUAUUGCACCCCCUUCCCCAGCAUUGACGAUAGCUCCUGGUUGUGGCAAGGCCUAACCCUAGCGUGUGUGUGUGUGUGUUUUUCCAGGAAAAAGGAAGAAGAGAUUUGAACUUGUCUCAUAUGCUUGGGACUAGAGAACCGACAAUGUGGACUGCACUGGAGAGUUGGUGUGAGAAAGAGUUAUUGUUCUUCCUCACUUUUGUUUGUGGUAACUCUUGGGCAGUGAUAAGAGUUUGCUCCCCAGAUGAGCAAAAUCAGAACAGAACAAUGUUGCUCAAAGGGCUCAUCCUUCCAAUUCUUUUGAAGUUGUCUGUUGCUGGGCAGUUACCUGAAGAGAGCUCGUGGUGCAGGAGCCAAGCCUUUUUAAUAAUAUGGGGCAGAUUAAUGAAUUCCUGCCAUAUGCACACAUGUACAAUAAGACCCUAGUCAUUAGCUUGGCUUGGGUGCUUUGAAUUAGCUGUCCUUGUGUAUUAUUAGCUCCUUCUCCAGCUGGUGUUGAAAUUGAACAGCUGAGGGCUCUACCCUUCCCUCUGUGUUAGUGCCUCUUGUUUUGAAUGGUGCUUCUGGAGGAUUUUCCCAGUGCCCAGUCUAAAAUACUUGGUCUCUGGAAUUCCUUAAGUAAGAGGCUACCUCUACCAAUCCCUUCUUACUCUUUCUACUGCCCUGUUUGAAGACUCCAGAGUUGAAUAUUAUGUACUAGUCAUUUAUUUUCAAAGGAGCAAUAAGGGAAGGGUUCCUAUGCUUCUACUGCUCAUACAACUUGAGUGUGUCAAUAUGAGCCAUUUCAUCUUGUUUCCAGAAUUCUGGUAGGUCUUCUGCAUUAGAUUCCUUGGUAUUUUCAACUGGCUUAAUGUGCAUGGACUCCUACCCUAGUGAUGAUGGUGUGAUCAACUGCUCUGGGCCACAUUGUCAAUAUCUUCUCUUUCAAACUGCCCAAACCAAGCUCCAUGACCGAACAGAAGAAGGAACAUUAUAACACAGCAUUUUCUCUUCGUUCCAAUGGAGUGUUUUAUUAGAUACGUAGCUUUAGGAAAUUAAUUUGCUGGAUGUAACAGUUGUUACAGCAUUUUAAGUAAAGGAGAGCUUGGUAGAGGGGAUCAAGUGCUUUACAUCUGUAAUACUCAGCUGAACACUUCUGUCCACCAAGUAGUGGAACUGCUGAUUACAGGACAUGUUGCUUGUGUUGUCUCAAACUUUCUAUUUUCCCAGCUUCUUAAAAACAAAAAUGGUAAACACACUACAUAACAGUAUUUUUCUUUAUACAUAUAAAAUAAAUACAGCGCUUUGCUGGGAAAGCCAAGUUGAUUCUUCAUCUGGAAUUGUGCUUGGAAUGACUAUCUCAGCCCACCAACAGAUUUUAGUAAAGGAUGUUAAUAGAAUUUGAUGCUCUGCCCAUUUGAGAUGAGGGGAAAGGGAAUACCAUGUAAUUUUUUAUCCAGAAUCCCUUCCACUGGAUACAAGCAGGUGUUGGGAAAGCAGGCAUACAUGCACCUUACUGCUUAUACUAGUUUAGCAGAUUAAUAUGCAGACAGAUUUGGUUUCAAAAAUAACUGCUAGUUUAUGCAUCAGUAUCUUUGAUGCCUAGUAAUGAAUUCUAGCACCAGGAGAUUGUGGAAGAACUUUUGUUUCCUAGAAGGAACACUGUGUGCUCCCUGCUGCCGAAACACCUGUAAGCGGAUGUAUAUAGAGUUCCUGUAGAGAUCAAUCAAAAGGGGAGGAGGAGUGUGCCUCUAAUCACUCUUUUGUGUGCAGUGUACUUUUUUGUGUUCUCUUUGGGAGGGGUAAUAAAUUAUUAUUACUCUU